ACUGGCUCACAGCUACACACGUGACAGAAGGUAACGCUUGUUAGCUGCAGCUCGCCGUUACGUUUUCCUCCAAUGAUGAAAGGCUAACUUUGAAUCUCUCCUUCAGUUACAUUAUCUUUGGCAACACUGCGCUCGCUCGCAGCGCAGUUCCAGCGAUGUAAAACACACCCUUGUAAAUGAUUGGUCGAGACGUUUUAGCGCGGCGUGUCGUGCCAAUCAGAGGAUUGUUUUUCUCUCACGUCGGUGCACGAAUAGUAAGCUAAGGAUAAUGCAAAUAUAAAGUAAAAAUAACUUAAAUUGCAGUUUAAGGCGAUAUAAUACGGGAAGUUUUGAUUGAUUUGGUAACGCCUUUUUACUGGACUUAAUUUAUGAAUAUGUGGUCCGGCCAUGAAUGCGAGGAUAUACGAAUUGGGUAAUGUAAGCUAACAGCCGUUAGCAGUCUCUUGCUAAUUUUAAACAUAAACGCUACGCAGGCCGCGGAGAAAUUGGAGCGCUGCUUCCUGUUUGAGGUUCAUUGAAAAUGUAGGUUACAUUGGGAUCCGAGUUUCUAAAUCACAACGGCUAUCCCAAUAGUUACCCGUUUGGCGUGAUCGAUAGCAGUUAAGUUUAUUGUAGUUACGCUUGCGGGCUACCUAGCUUGUUAGCGGUUUGGCUAGCUAGCUAGCAUGAGUGAACUGACGGACUGCAAACAGUCCGCUGAUUCUGCUUCAAGGAAACGUCCAUCACCCGACCAGGAUGAGGACAGCGCGAUCCCCUGCAAAUCCUCAAAAGUAAGUGAGGCAUCAGAAGAGCCAGGGGUCACUUCGGAAAGUUGCACAAACAGUGAAGCUGAGAGUAAGAAAGCGCUGGCAGGAAAUCAAAAGAUAACGAGAGAAAAACCAGCUGCCGCCCAACUCAAGCAGAGUUCAGACAGCACCAGUAGACUGUCUGUCAACAACUCCAGAAGAGAUGGUCAUGAGACGGCAACAACCAGAAACCACAGUCAUCAGAUCCACAGGGACCCGCUGAUGCAAAAGAUGUGGAGAAGUCAUCAGAACGGAUCGGCGUCCCUCCUCUCCUUGGACAAGUCAGACUCUGCAGCCAUAGCUGCUGAGGCUCUUGCCAGUCUCACAGGAGGAGACGGGGAAGACAGUGAAGAGACUCCUUGCUCAUCAGAAAAGGCUAAACAGGUGAAACAUGGCAACAAAUUUAAAACAACGUGGAGGCCAUCAGUCCUCAAGAACAGGUUCGAAACACAGGCGGCAGCAGCAGAUAGCUCCACAUCUGUACAUAGUACAGACAAGGAAGAUGCAGUUGACAUGCCAGAGGCAGAUGAAGGUGAAGAUCCAUAUCUAUCUUCCUCCACACCAAGCUCCUCUUUUGCAUCAGACAAUGAGGACAAUGGAGGGGAGUGUGCCAUUGUGUCAGUUAAGAUGGCCCCAGAGAUGAGACAGUCAGUGGCUCUCCUGGCACAGGUACAGAUGAGACUGGAAGCACUUGAGAAGAAAAGUGCCCGGCUUCACCAGCGGUUAGAGCUAAAGAUCAGUCGCCAGCGGCGGCCACAUCUGGAUCAACGCAGCUCAAUCACAAAAACGAUUCCUGGCUUCUGGGUUACAGCUCUGCUGAAUCACCCUCACCUAUCAGCUCACAUUGAUGAAACUGAUGAAGAUGCUCUCAGCUACAUGACUGACCUGGAGAUUGAAUCUUUUAAAAAUAACAAACUGGGCUACAGGAUCCGAUUUCACUUCAGAAGGAAUCCGUACUUCCAGAACAACAUUAUCAUGAAGGAGCUUCACCUUGGGAUGGGAGGGUCUCCCAUGUCCUUCUCCAACCCUAUCCUGUGGCAUCGUGGACAUAACCUGACCCACUGUGAACCCAGGAAGACGGCACGUGGGGUCUCGACCUUUUUCAGCUGGUUAGUGACCACAGCAACCCAGGACAAGAUGAGUGUAGCACAGAUACUUAAGGACGAUCUGUUCAGAGACCCACUGAGAUACUACCUCACUCCUCUCUGGGAACCUAGGGAGAAUGGCAGCAGUUCCAGUGGGGCUAGAGCCGCCGACAACGGUAACGGCGACGACUGUGUAGUAAUCUCAGAUUCUGACGACGAGCCUGGAGAGGAGGCGAGUGAGGAGGCUACUGAACCCCAACAGGGCCGGAUUCGAGAGGAAGAGGAGGAGGAGGAAGAGGGAGAGGAAGAGGAAGAGGAAGAAGACGAAGAAGAAAAGGAGGAAGAUGGAGAAGAAGACAAGGAGGAAGAAGUGGAAGAGGAAGACAGAGGGCCAGGUGCAGAUGAGAGCCCAGUGGAGAAGGAUGAUGUUGGAGAAAUUGUGAUUGACGGUUCUGAUGACAGUGAUCAGGAAGACGCCUAAAAAGAGGAGCAGCUGUAUUUUAAUGAAGAUGAGUCAUCGCGGGACCAGAGACAAGGACAUUGAAGAAGAUGCUGAGAUUUUAUGAACCAUAGCAAAGAUUGAGUACUUCUUCCCAAUGUUAGUCAUUGUUAUGCACAGAAACCAGUUUUUUUUUUUUUUUUUUAAUACCUAAAAAAAUAUACAUAUUAAAUCAGGGUUAAUUAUAAGACUAAAGCCAAGGCAGCAUGUUUCCCUUCUUUUUUAUACAGUCGGUACUAUGUGUACUCUAAUUCACUUUUUGCAGUUUUUUUUUAAGAACAGGUUCUUGCACAUCAUAUUCAGCCAGACACUUCAUACAGCUAGUGUUCUUCGACUUCAUGAAGAACGAUCAGUGACGGCCUACACAUAUGCAGGUGAGACUCUGUUUGCCAGUCCAUUUUGGCCGUAAAUCUGACAUUACAGAUGCUUAAAAACAAACCUUUACUUGUGUUAUCAGAGGACGCUUGAAAACAAGUGGUUUUAAAUUCUAGACAUUAUGGAAGUGUCACAAGCUAAACUCAUCAAGUUAUAAUACAUUUCGGAUGCACUGAGUCCUGAACCAAAAUCUGUUCUCAGGGAUGAUUAUGGUGGUUAAAUUGAAAGGAUCUUAAUGACUUUGAGACAUUUACACACUUUCCGCUCUCUAUAAGGAAUCGUGUACUCUACUGUAGUAAAUAGGAACAGAUACAGUUUUAAUAUACUACCUGCAUUUUUCCCUUUUUGUUUCUGUUCAGUCUUGUUACACACCACCAUUCACCCUUGUUAACAAUUUGUAAAUCAUCUAUGAUGUUAAAAAUCAUUGUUUGACCAAUGUCUUUGUGAAUUCCUAUAUUUUUGUAAAGCGCUUUACAUAAGUAGCUGAGUUUUGUAUUUACUUUAGAUUAACUUAAAGCUUAAAAAUUUCUUUGUAAAACAUUUAAAAGUUUAGUUUUCUCGUAAUGUGUUUAAGGAUUUGUGUUCUUUUCUUUCUUUCUUUUUUUUUUUUUUUGAAGAUUGUAUCGAUGGAAUUGUUCUUCACAUCCACAUUGUGGCAUGCCUGUGAGCAUGAAACAUAAGGAUGUUAACAUUAUUCACAAAGCUGUGUAAAGGAAAAAAAAUGCUGUGCACAGUGUCAGUAAAUGUUAAAUUCACAGAAACAUGGAGUGCACUGUAAUAAAUCUCGUAUUUGUAUUUGCUUACUUUUCUUAGCAAUGACCUGUAAAUAAUAUUUCAACAUUGUCUUUUGGAUAAGACAGUACACAUAAUUAAACCAUGGAUAAUUUUAACAAAUAAUCAGGAUUUUCUUUUUCAUGAACAUAAUCAGAAAGUUAUAUUUUGUGUGCUGUGUUUUAUAGGACACUGUAGUAAUAAAAAUACACUUGUUUGUUAAUUUGCUUUAGAAUAAAUGUCCACAUUUUGACUCAGACCUAAUAAAAAAGGCAGUUGUUUCACGUUGA